GGCGCACCAUUGAAGAACCAGGGAGCCAUAUUUCCAUGGAACACAGAAACUUCCUGCGCUUCUUCUUCCUCUUCUUCUCCGGAGCCUUAGCUCUGCUCGUCACUUGGCUUCACUUCCCCUCUCUCUCUGACACCCAACUUCUUGACUGCAACCUCUCCUCUGACAGUUGCUCCUCCCACUACUCCCGCUUCUUCCGCUCCAAACUCCCCACCUUCAUCAAGAAAAAUCCUUCCCCCACGCGCCGCCGCGACCACCACAACGACACUCCCCGCCACCCUCUCGACCCCCUAACCAUCCAUGAAUUCAACCAAGUCCGAUCCAUCCUCUCCCGCUACCCCCUCCUCAAAUCCUCCUCUUAUAUUUUCAACUCAAUAACUCUUGAAGAACCCCCCAAGAAGCUCGUCAAGCAAUGGAAACCCGGCGACCCUCUCUUCCCCAGAAAAGCCUCCGUCAUUGCCCGCGUCAACGGCGCCUCCACUGUUCUCCUCACCGUUGACCUCUCCACCCAACAGGUUACAAGACAUGAAGUAGAUCCAGUUUCCGGGUACCCAACUAUGACUGUGGAGGACAUGGUGGGAGCAACAUACGCGCCACUGAAGAGCUUCGAGUUCAACCGUACGAUCACGGCGCGUGGCGUUAAGAUGGCCGACGUGGCGUGCUUGCCGGUGUCGUCGGGGUGGUAUGGGAAGAUAAAAGAGGAGCAGAACUUGAGGCUGAUCAAGGUUCAGUGCUAUUCGUCGGAGGGCACUGCCAACUUCUACAUGAGACCCAUCGAAGGACUCACCGUGCUGGUCGAUAUGGAUAAACAAGAAGUCGUCUCCAUCUCCGACAAGGGACGCAACAUCCCGAUUCCUAACGGAAUCGACACGGAUUAUCGUUACUCCGUUCAGAAGCUGAGAGGUAAGUUGGACCUGUUAAACCCGAUAUCCUUGGAGCAACCCAAGGGCCCGAGUUUUACCAUCGACGGCAACCUCGUGAAGUGGGCGAACUGGGAAUUCCACCUGAAACCCGACCCGAGAGCAGGGGUAGUAAUAUCGCAGGCGAAGUUCAGAGACCCAGAAACGUCGAAGCUAAGGGAGGUGAUGUACAAAGGAUUCACGUCGGAGCUGUUCGUGCCGUACAUGGACCCCACUGACGCCUGGUACUUCAAGACCUACAUGGACGCGGGCGAAUACGGGUUCGGGUUACAGGCCAUGUCGCUGGACCCGCUGAACGACUGUCCCCGGCAUGCGUAUUACAUGGACGGCGUUUUGACGUCGGCCGACGGCACGCCGUACGUCCGACCAAACAUGAUAUGUGUGUUCGAGAGCUAUGCUGGCGACAUCGCGUGGCGACACGUGGAGUGUCCUAUCACUGAUUUACAGAUAACGGAGGCGAGACCGAAGGUGACGCUAGUGGUGAGGAUGGCAGCCGCAGUGGCCAACUAUGACUAUAUAAUGGAUUGGGAAUUUCAAACUGAUGGACUAAUCAGACCCAAGGUAGGACUGAGUGGAAUCCUGAUGGUGAAAGGAACACCGUACGAUCACACCAACCAGAUUCCACCCCAAGAGUAUCUCUACGGCACCCUCCUCGCCGACAACCUCAUCGGAGUAAUCCACGACCACUACAUAACCUACCGCCUCGACAUGGACAUCGACGGCGAGCCCAACUCCUUCGUCAAAGUCAACUUAAAGAGGCACCAGACGUCGCCGGAAGAAGACUCCCCGAGAAGAAGCUACCUGAAAGCGGUGAGGAAAGUGGCCAAGACGGAGAAAGACGCAGAGAUAAGACUCAAGCUGUAUGACCCAUCUGAGUUCCACGUGAUAAACCCUAACAAGAAGACCAAGGUGGGGAACCCGGUGGGUUACAAGGUGGUUCCUGGAGGGACGGCGGCGACUUUGCUGGACCCGGAGGAUCCGCCGCAGAAGAGAGCGGCGUUCACGAAUAAUCAGAUAUGGGUGACUCCUUAUAACGAGACUGAGCAGUGGGCUGGUGGGUUGUUUGUUUAUCAGAGCCAAGGCGAUGACACUCUCCAAGUCUGGGCCAACAGGGAUAGAGAGAUAGAGAAUAAGGACAUAGUGGUGUGGUACACAAUAGGGUUCCAUCACAUACCAUGUCAAGAAGAUUAUCCAAUAAUGCCAACUGUGUCGUCAAGCUUCGAUCUGAAGCCUGUGAAUUUCUUCGAGAGGAACCCUAUUUUCAGAAUGCCACCAACUUUUGAAGAUGACCUGCCCGUUUGCAAGCCUCGCGACUCAUCAGCCUGAGAUCCAAUGAUUAAUUUAAUGGCUACCACAGAUCAAUGAUGUGCUGACGCAUGUGUGUUCACUAAUUAGUAAUUAAUCACUAGCUAGUUCUCUUGCACAUUGUAACGAUCCAAUAAAUUAGGGUUCGUUUGCAUAUUUAUGUAAUUCAAUGAGAGAAGACAUAAAGAGUCGUUUAUCCCAAAUCUUAAUCGGAAUAUUGGAUAUAACAGCAUCACGAGUA